UUUCGUGUCAGAAAUGACUCUGCAUAAUGUUUACCUACGUUACUUUGGUGAAAAGCUCAAAUUCAUCUAACUAAGUCUCUUUAGUUUGUUCCACACACAUUCAUUGCCACUUACCCAGCCUGGAAUUUCCUCCUCCCACCGGCUCCCUCCUCCCCACUUCCUUUUCCGGGGGAGGCGCCUACAGGGUUUCCCUGCACCGCCCCUUAGAUUGGCAGGUCACAGGGGCGUGUCUGCGCGUGCGCACUGGCCUUUCCUUGGCCAGGCACCAUGGAGGCUCCGAGGCCCUUUGGCGGGGAGUGGUGCUCCUACUCGCUUCCCCUGGCUCUAGGGGGCGUUUUGAAGCUGUGGCUCUGUGAGCUGUGGCUCCUGCUGUUGGGUUCGAGUGUGAACGGAACGUUUUUACCACACGAAGAGGACGUAGACUUCAUCAAUGAGUACUUGGAGCUUCACAAUGAGAUCCGGGGCAACGUCGUCCCCCGAGGGGCCAACUUACGCUUCAUGACUUGGGAUGUAGCUUUAUCACGGACAGCUAGAGCAUGGGGAAAAAAAUGUGUGUUUAAGCGUAAUACUCACUUAGAAGACGUACAAAUGGCCCAUCCUACAUUUUAUGGUGUUGGUGAAAAUAUGUGGGUUGGCAAGGAAAAUGAAUUCACUGCAAGUAUUGCUAUCAACAGUUGGUAUGCAGAGAGGAAAAAUUAUAAUUUUGAAAAUGGUAGUUACUCUGAAAACUGUUCUAAUUAUUUACAGCUAGUUUGGGACAGCUCUUACAAGGUUGGUUGUGCUGUUACUCCAUGUUCAAAGAUUGGAACUAUUAUACAUGCUGCAAUUUUCAUAUGCAACUAUGCUCCAGGAGCAACUCUGACAAGAAGGCCUUAUCAACCAGGACUAUUUUGUACACAUUGUGGCCCUCGUGACAGAUGUACAGAUUUUCUAUGCAGUAAUGCAGAUCGUGACCAAGCUAUAUAUUACCAAUUUUGGUAUCCAAAGUGGGAAGUGCCCCGGCCAAUUGUAUGUGAUCCACUGUGCAUAUUUAUUUUGUUACUGAGAAUACUAUGUUUUCUGCUAUGCGUUAUAAUUGUUUGCAUAAUACAGCCUUAUUUUCCAAACAUUUUAUUGGAAAAGCAGAUGAGCUUUACCCCUGACCAAUCUGAAACAGAGGAAGAAGAGAAUAAAGACAAAGAGGAAAUGGAGAGGGAAGAGGAAGAAGAAGAGGAAGAGGAAGAGGAAGAAGAGGGGGAGGAAUAGGUGCCACCAACAUAAGCCAAAAAUAUCAUACCAAAAAAGCCAAAAUUUAAAAAAACCUGAGCUUUGACAAGAAAGAAUGUAUGCAAACCACUAUUGUAAUAUUAUUAUUAUUCUCUUCUCCAUACUUAUUCAACAGAUUUAAAUUUGAAGAACAAAAAUAUAUAUUUUGUAUAGAAAAUAUUAAGGCAAAGUCAGACACUAAGAAUAAGAUGUUAUAAUAGAAACACUGAAAAAGAUUUGACCUAAUUUAUCUUAGGAUUUCAUUAUGGGAUCCUGAUCAAGGAGGGAAUUUCCAUUUUCUAAAUGUUUCCAUCUCUGUGCUUUAAGUUUCUAAGUGAGUUAAUGACUUUCUCAAGAACUAAGUAGAUUUUUCAUGUAAGGUACUUAGGACCACUCCAAGUUCACAACAACCAUUAAGUAAACAUCAGGGUUUUGGUUUUAAUUAUUACGAUCAUAGUUCUUAUUGCUGGGGGUGGUGAUGAUAUUUUUCAUGUGAUAUCCAGGUAUCAAACAUGCUUACUUGUCUUUGUGGCAUUUGUUUUUGGAAUAAUUUAAAGGAUGUCUGUACAUCCUGUUAACUGAUAAAUAUAUUAUUUCUAUUUCAUAUACAACAUUUCAUUAAGGACUUGCUGUAAUUUGUUGUCACCAAGCAAUAAUAAAUACCCAUAAUUAAUGAGUUUUGAUUGAGAAAUCCGGCUUCUUUCAAAUUUAUAUGAUAAUAUAGAAUAUUUUUAUAAGCUUUAUUUUAUUUAUUUGCAAGAGUUAAAGAGAGAGAAAUCCUUCACCCACUGGUUUACCCCACAAAUGACCAUAAUGGCCAGGACUGGGCCAAGUUGAAGUCAGGAUCCUGGCAUUCCAUCUAGGUUUCCCACAUGGAGGUCACAGAACAAAGCACUUGGACCAUCUUCC